CUUUUUUUAGCGUGCAAACCACAAACGUCAAACUGCGGUCAGAGGCAAAAAUAUUGCUGUGUUUUCUUUAUCUACCGGUAGCGAUAUUUAAGAAAACUACUAGAAUAACAAUUUAUUUUUCCCUAAACAUUAAAACCGAAGCUGCAGUCGAAAAAUAGGGAUAUUAAAAUCUAACAUGGAUAACGGUGAAAACAAGGAAGCAAUCGAUUUGCAUAUUAAGACAGAGAAAGAUCAUUUAAAUGAAAACUACUACUGUGAGUUGCCAAUAAAAACAAUUCAAAAGUACGAGAUAAAAAUCGAAGGCGAUAACGUUAUUGAAGCUACUGCUAUUGUACAAGACAAUGAAGAGGAUAACGUCGAUGGAGAAGUGCUCGAAGAGGAAGGCUUCGAGUGUGACGAGUGUGAAGAGAUAUUUGCAUGUGAACAAACUCUCAGCCAGCACAAAACCACCCGACAUUCUGAACUUUCUUGUAAAUCCUGUGAAAGAUCUUUCGGGUCGGUGAAAAAUCUUCACAUUCAUAAAGCCAGAUGUGCAGGAAAACGAAAACACGAAUGUAAAGUUUGCUCUAAAGUCUUUCAAUAUGAAAGCAUAUUGAAAGUUCACGAAAAAAUGCAUGCAAACGGGAAAAAGACAUUUACAUGCGAUAUUUGCGACAAAAGGUUUUUCGUAGAGGCUCGUUUUUUGCAGCACAAGCAUAAACCCGAUAAACAUGUUAAACGGGAGCCCGUUUGUGAUAUUUGUGGGAAAGUUUUCGCUGGACGAAAGCAGCUGCAACGUCAUAUUUCCGUUGUUCAUGCCGGAGUGAAACGUCACGAGUGCAGUAUAUGCUCCAAACGAUUUUCGUCUUUAUACAAUCUGCGAACCCACAUGCAUGUACAUACUGGGGAGGAAAAACGAUUUAAGUGUGACAUUUGCGGGAAAAGCUUUCAUGCAUUAUCCAUGGUAAAGAAACAUUAUGGCGUGCAUACUGGUGAGAGGCCGUACAUGUGCGCGGUAUGCUCUAAGGGAUUCUUUAACCGUAGCGAUCUGGAAAGGCAUAAUAGGAUUGACCACACUGAAAAAAUAUACAAAUGUGACAUUUGUGGUGUGGAACUCAACACGAAGCAUGAUCUUAAAAUUCAUAUUUCAAGUACUCACAAUGAACUUUUACCCUAUCAAUGUGAAACCUGUUUAAAGGUGUGUGCCAACAACGUUCUGUUGAAGAAACAUCGAAGGAUUCACUCUAUGUCAAAGGCGUUUACCUGCGACAUUUGUGAUCAAGUUUUUGUCAUUGAAUGGCAGUUCCGUAAGCACCUACGUUUUCACGAGCGGCCAGUCUAUUGUAAAAUCUGUGGUAAAGAAAUAACCUCGCACAACCUGGACCGGCACAUGAAAACCCAUAUCGACGGGGCAAAGUCCUACGACUGUGAGCAGUGUGGAAGAACGUUUCAACGUCCGUCCCGUUUGCAGACGCAUGUUUCACGAGUGCACGAACGCAAAAAAUUAAUCACCCCGUCCUCUUCCGGAGCAUCACAAGGUUCGGCUUAGUGGUUUUAGGCUGCGCAACUUCUUUGAAGUUGGCUGGGAAUCAAUUUGAUGUUUCUAUUAUGUGUCCUUCGGACGUUCACGUUAUGUGAACAAAAAAUCAUUAAACCAUCCCAGCUUGUCUUGAGGUACGAUGCUGGCCUAACAAGCCAGUCGUCGUAUGUUCGAGCUUCGGCUCGAGAGAGAUUGAUAGUGUCAUAAAGAUCGUAGCGAAGCGAAGUCUGUGUAUAAUAAACAGAAGGUCAAAUUCCGCAUCGGAAUGUAACGCCAAGGCUUUGCUUUUAAAUCAUUGAAUUGACUGAGCAAGGUAAAUAUCAAAAUAAUAACGAUUUAAUAAUAAACUUGAGUUGAUUAUUCUAACCCUUAACACUCCGAAAGCUGCUGAGAAUAGUAUAAAAAAAUAUUUCAAACCUGAGUUAACAAGCGA